UCUAUCAGUGUCUCGUGUCUGAUCUAUUAGAGAGAAAAUAUAUCAUCUGAUUCUUACCUCUUUCGAUAGUGAAUCGCUCGGCCAUUUCUACUCCAAAAAAUAUGAAAUUAGAUUUUCUCUCUUAAAUCGAUUGAUUAUUACACCACCCUCUAUUAGAUUCUUUCAAUUCUAAAUAUUCUUAAUUCAAUUUAGACCUUUGAAUUGUUAAUUUCUCAAUCUACUUUUGUCUCAACCAAAAAUCUGUCUGCGAAACCGAAGAUCUGAAAGCAACAUUUGUUGAUGAGGCCUUCAAAACUUACAUAUAUGACAACAAAUCUCAGGUUGGUAUCUCCAUCUUUUGAUAAUUCUUUUAAUCGAUUGACAAGAAUCCUGAAAACAAUAAAUGUUUUUGUUCAUCAGUUUAGGCCUUUAGGGUGUGUAAUCUAUGCAAGAGACCCAUUAUAAGAAAACAAUGUUGAUUUAUUCUUAAUAAUUAGAUUAUUAUAUAUGAUAUUUGGUUCGUAAUGAAUACGAUUGACUAUAGAAAUAGAGAGACGUUGAUGAAUAGUUUCAUCAUCACCAAUGCUAUCACUAAUAGUCUACCAAUACAAGGACAAAUAAAAACAGCAAUUCAAAUAAAAUAAAAACAGCAAAUCAAGUUUUUUCAUGCAUAGGUUUCGCCAUCACGACCACGACUCUCUUGACUAGAAGAUGAACCGUCACCGUCAUUUCCAAAACAUUUCAAGGCCAUAUCGCUCAAGAAAACAUGUAAACCUACAAACGUUUGGCGCAUCCACUUCUUCUCUUCCACGCUCAAACAUUCGGCCGGAGGAAUAUUCCACAAUAUUUUCUCCUUAUUUUCCUUUAUAAUUUUCUUCAAAAUCUUUUCCUUCUCAUUAUUUAUUUCAAGCUCCUCAACGAGAUCCAUGUACCUUUCCAUGAGGUCCUGGUUCUUCUGUCUCUUAUAAGCUUCCACCAGCGGUCUGGUAUUGAUUGUUGCGGAUGGUUCAUGUCUUAAAGGGUUUUUAAACUGGCCAACCGCUUCCUCCAGAGACGGAUAUGCGAAUGUGUAAGGCUUUCCGGAAUCAGAAAAGACCAAAAAACUUGUCUCCACAUUGCAUAGUGAAACGAUCUCGUUCAUCUUCUUGAAGAGUCCAGAUUUACGUUUCGAGAACGUAAUCUUUCGGGCUGCAUAGGCUCCAACCUUCUUCAUCUCGAUCUUUUGCUUUCCCUUUGUAGACCUCAUUGUCACCUUUUUUUAGGAGCCGGAAUAUUCAGCUUUCUAGUAUAUAUGUUUUAGUUUUUGUGUCAUCAUAAAAAACAUACACUACUAUUUAUAGGAAAAUGAAGAGAACGAUAUAUGGAAGAUAUGGUAUUUUGUUUGAAAGACAUUUAAUGUUUGAAAAACAUAUGACAAUAAUGGUGUAUAUUGACCAGUUUACAAAUUUGACUAGAGUAAUUUGGGAACCAUUUUAUUGUUUUCAGAAAUCAUUUACUCAUUGCAGAGCAAAGUCAGCAAACUACCAUAUGGUAACUCAAUUGACACAAGGAUUCUUAGGCCUAAUUAAUCAUGUGCCUGAAAUCCAAAAAAUUAUUUGACCCAAAAAGAGGAAACAGAGUAUUGAAUCAAAAUCCGAAACAUACAUAAUGAAACAUAAAAUCCGCAACAGUUACACAUCUAAUUUUACAAAACAUCGGUUGCCUUGUGAUCACAAUAUUCGAAAUGUGUUGACCCUAUUAAAGUUUAGUUUAUAAAAUGAAAUUUCGAUAUGCCCGUUUCUACUAACUCAGUUCCAAAAUACAGUCCCUGAUAUAAGACCAAAGGAUAAAGACCAAAGAUGCUCAUGAGUCCUCAAAAGUAUGGUCACCUUGAGUCCAUACAAUUUUUUUUUUCGGUCAGGAAACUAAAAACAAUAACACCAAAUAUAGAGACAAUAAUCAUCAAAAGAGAACUCUAAUAUGAAAGAAGACCUAAAUCACUAAUAUAGAACCCAUGAAUUUUGAUGAAAGAAUAUUAUAAAAAUAUUAAACUACAUAUAAUUUCAACAAAACAUUAAUAAAUAAAUCGUACUAGUUUGUAUUUUUGCAACAAUUUGCAAGACGAUUGGUUAGGUGAAUCAUACAAAGAAGAUAUCUUCAUUGUCAUUUAUAAAAAUAAAUAAACAAAUAAAAUAAAAUAUCUAUUUGAGGAAAGCUCUUCAAAUCUUCUGAAAGCCCCAUACAAGGCCAACUACUCCGAUCCCGAAACACACAAGACUUCUCGAUACUCACACACACGCAAAGAGGAAGAAGAGUGAGAAUGGGUGUUGUGAAGUCAGCGAUUGGGGAUAUGCUGAUGACCUUCUCCUGGGUCGUCCUCUCCGCGACGUUCGGUUUACAGACGACGGAGAUCAUCUCCGCCGCCGGUUUUCAGGGAAUCGCUUGGGCUCCGUUGGCCAUCACCACGUUUCUGAUUUUCUUCUACGUUUCCAUUUUCACCGUUGUCUUCGGUAGCGCUAGCUUUAACCCUACCGGAAACGCCGCCUUUUAUGCCGCCGGUGUCCCCGGAGAUACCCUUUUCACCUUGGCGAUAAGGUUACCUGCUCAGGCAGCUGGUGCGGCAGGAGGUGCAUUGGCCAUCAUGGAGUUCAUACCAGAGAAGUACAAGCACAUGAUAUCUGGACCUUCCCUUCAGGUUGAUGUGCACACUGGAGCUAUUGCAGAAACCAUCUUAAGUUUCGGUAUUACCUUUGCGGCUUUACUUAUUAUCAUCAGGGGUCCACGAAGAUUACUCGCCAAGACCUUCUUGCUCGCUCUCGCAACCAUUUGCUUCGUUGUUGCUGGCUCUAAAUACACCGGACCAGCCAUGAAUCCUGCCAUUGCGUUUGGGUGGGCAUACAUGUACAGCUCUCACAACACUUGGGACCAUUUCUACGUGUACUGGAUCAAUUCUUUCGUUGGAGCUUUAUCUGCUGCGUUGGUCUUCCGUACUAUCUUCCCGCCACCUACACCGCAGCAGAAGAAACAGAAGAAAGCCUGAGGGGAUAAACCAAUCGAGACAAGACCGGUUCAAUACUUUACCGGUUUUGGGAUGUAGAAAGAUUCAGAAGGUUUUUCCAUUCCAAAAUAAGGAGAAACCUUAUCAUUGUUUAGAUUCAAGCUUUAUAUUAUGAAUUGUUGCGGAUGUCAACUAUUAUCCGUUUUGUGCAUAUAUCAUUCACACACUCUUCCGGUUGAUAAGCAUUAGAUUAUCAAUUACUGGUUUGGAUUGGUUCAGUUCAGUUCAUCCCCUAAGUGGUUUCGAGAACCUAAUGAAAUGUUUUCAAAUUGA